AUGUCGCUCCAGCCGACCGAAAAUACGUACAGACGCUCUCAGGGAGCUCGACGCCGACCUCGCCGUUCUGGUGGUCGCCAUGGUGUCAAUGGCUCAGGUCGGUCCACGGGCCGUCGCAAUAACCAGGGGGCUGCGCAACAUGAUAACAACUCGUCCGCACCUCAGGGUGCUCAUCAAGACCAUGCACAAGAUGAUACCCCUACCCAGGGGUCACUAGUACAUAGCUUUGACAGCCUACAUGUGAAUGGCCACAAUUCAUCUCCCACUAGGAACAACACCGGUUACAACCCUGCAGCGCCUAUGCACACUCAGAGUCAUAUUCCCGCUUACGGGCAGCCCCCAACUACAGCAAACUCGCCGGAUCUUGCAAUUGCCAACAUCGGACAUGUUUUCGACAACCAGGCCAUGCACGCCACAGACGAACAGCCUUCUUCCCUCUAUGAUUGGAGCCACGCGCCAAUGACUGCAGACGCCUGGAACCAUUUAAGUGGUGGCCCGGGCCCUCUAGCCGAUGUUGAAGAUAGAUUCGAAGAUGCAGUCAACCAUCAAGGUGAAGAUGACGAGGACGGGGACGAGGAUCUUGAUAUACUACCAACGCAAACAUAG